AGCAAUAGGAUAGCAUGUAAAAUUGUCGUUUAAGGAUUCGUUUCCAAGCGAACGACAUAAGUUCGUCAAACGCCGUGGCUAACCUUUCUUGCUUCGUUUAACUUAAUCGUCGUUGAGGAUUAGAACUUUCCCAAACCAGACCAAGGCUAACAUCAAGAAGCUACUCGGAGAAGCAAAUACGCUCAUAUGAUUAAAAUUUCCCUCCAUUUUCUAAGAACCCCAUUUUCUUUUUCUAUUGACGAAAUCCCAAAUUUUUCUUUCUUUCUUUCUUUUCUCAUUGAUUUAUCAGAUAGCAAACGCUUCUCACCAUCAGGGAGUGGUAAAGAUUAAGGAAUUAUGGAUGAUUCUUUUUCACAGCCAAGAUCCAAAAGGCAGAAGCUUUUCAUAGGACAAGACGCUGGUCGUGGAAAAGAUAUAAUCAGCAAUUUACCUGAUGACAUUCUUGGUUGUAUCCUUUCUUUCCUUCCAACCAAAGAUGUCAUAAGAACUUCAACAUUAUCAAAAAGAUGGAAACAUCUCUGGAUUACCGUUUCUGACCUUGAUUUUAAGAAUAAGCUGGGGUGUAACUGCACAAGUAAGCAGACCGUGGAGGUGCGCUACAGCUUCUUGAAAUUGGUGGACAGUGCACUUCUCUUUCGCGAGCCUUAUUGUAUAAGAAAAUUGCGUUUGGAGCCAAGGAUGCCUCUCAGUGGAUUUAGUGUUAAGUCUUGGAUGUUUCGUGUUACUAUGUGGGUAUGUGCUGCAUUGAAGAACAAAAUUGAAAAGCUUAAUCUUUCGUUACAUGAAGUCAUCUUUAUACUGCCUGAUUGCCUUUUUGCAUCCAAGUCGUUGUGUAAACUGAAAUUGACAAUGUAUUGUGUUUUGAGGGUUCCUGGUUCAAUUUGCUUCUCAUGCCUUAAGACCCUACAUCUUAAAUACAUAACAUUUGAGGGCGAAUGGUCCACCCAACAACUGUUUUUGGGUUGCCCUGUCUUAGAAAAGUUGAUUUUAUACAAUUGUGGUUGGAAGAAUAUUAGAAGGAUCAGCAUUGCUAUUCCUUCUCUGAGGACAUUGAUUAUUGAUUACGACUGUUCAUACCCUGAUGAUUUUCUUGAUUGUGUGGUUGAAAUUAGUGCAGUUAAUCUCACAUCUCUUAACUGCACAAAUUACUUAAUUUUUGAACUCUCUCUUUGUAAUCUAUCAUCUUUGGUCUAUGCAUAUGUUGAUGUUCAACUUUUCGGAGCUCUACACAACCUCAAGCUGCUUUACGUGCUCUAAAAUUGCUUGGUGGACUUCAGAGUGUAAAAUCCCUUACACUUUCGGAUUAUACCCUUGAGUGUCUCUUAUAUGUGGCAAAUAUUGAGGAUCAUUUGCCAACAUUUGAUAAUUUAACCCGUUUAGAAGUUCAACUCUGGUGUUCUGAUUCUUGUAUCAAAGCCCUGAUGGAUCUUCUGCAAAAAUCACCCAAUCUAGAAUCACUGAACUUUUUUUAGGAGUUUGACCCAAACAUCUGCUUCAUUGGGGAAGGAGGGAUAUCGAGUAAUGUACCUCAUUGUUUUAAGCACAGGCUUAAAACUUUUUUCAUAUCAAACUUUAGUGGGAAUGCCGCAGAAAUACAUUUGAUGAGGUACCUGCUUGAGAAUGCAACUGUUCUAGAGCGUACAAGAAUCGUUUGUGUACAGAUGUAUCAGAAGACCCGAAGAAAAUAGAAGAGAUCAAAAAUCAAUUGCAGAAUUUCUCUAGGGUCUCAGCAAGUUGUGAAAUUGAAGUAUUGUGAAGCUGGUUUUAUGAAAUUCUAUUCUGGUUUAUCUACUUCAAAAUCUUGAAAUCUUGUGCUGGUUGUGAAGUUCAUAAUUGAACAUUCUUGGCAGCUCACUCGAUUGAGUAGUUGACUGCACCUCUUGUUAUGGAUCUGAUGAUUCUAUCAUGUAUUUUUACAUACUGAUGCGUUUAUUUCUCUGAGAAAUUUUUGGGGAAAUUAGUGAAGGUUUCGAUGCAGCAAGAAAUGGACUGCUCUUCACUGAUAGAAAUAGAGAUUCAAUUUUGAGGAAUGCACAUGCUCUGUUUUAAAUAGCUAUAUGAUUAAAUCACAAAAAUAAAAUUCUUGAGUAUUUUAUUGGACUAUAAUUGAGGUAGUAAAUAAUUAUUUAAUUUUUUAUUUUAA